CUUUGUUCAAUGCAUUUCGAUUGGAUUACCUGCAAAACAACCGUAGCAACUGAUUAAAAAAUUGAUAAACGUUAGAAUAUAGUUCAGUGAAUCAUUUGUCAUUUUGAUUUCUUUGUAAUACCAGACAUUCACGUUCAUCUAGAUGGCUGAAAUGGAAGAAAUAUUAAACGAAACUGUUCCGCAGAUUGAUUUGGAGAAAUUCGAGAAAAAAUAUAACCGCGAAAUAGAAACUAACAGCUUGACUCAUACAACCCAAUUUGAGUAUGCCUGGUGUUUGGUAAGAAGUAAUUACCGAAACGACAUGAGAAGCGGAAUUACUCUCUUGGAAGAUCUAUGCCGCAAAAACCCAGAAGGCAAACGCGAUUAUAUUUACUACCUUGCAAUAGCCUGUACCAGACUUAAGGAGUAUUCAACGGCUAUGAAAUACGUACAAGCCUUUUUGGAAAUUGAACCAAACAAUCAGCAGGUUAUCAGUCUAGAGGAAUACAUCAAAAAGAAAAUCAAUAUCGAAGGAUUGAAGGGUGCCGCAAUGGUGAGCGGUGCUGCUUUAGUACUAGGAGGAGUUCUGGGUAUUGGCUUUGCACUUGCAAAGAAAUGAAAUUCGGUGAAAAGUGCGAAGUCUGCUGUUGAUGACUGAAGAUUUUUUUUGUUCUAUUGCAACAUGCGUUUUUCAUAUAUAUAUUUUGUCACUUUACCUUGUUUUCAUUUUAUUUUAUUCACAACUCUCUUUAAAGCCUUUUUUACCAAAAUAAUAAGCAGCUUCGCAUUCAACAAAACAUUAUAAACUGAAUAUUUAUGAAUGCAGAAUAUCAUAGAGCAAAAGAUUGUAAAUAUUGGAAAAUGUAUAUGGAAUAGAUGUAGAU